GGCUUUGCACAGGCGCUGGCAAUCUCCCUGAUAAUCACCGAAAGUGUUUGUUCAUCCUGUCCGCUGAAGUGAGGUUACCAGAACUACCUAAAACUCCGAUAAAUCCCAAUCUAUCAACAUGCCACUGGAAAACCUGGAAGAGGAUGGACUGGAGAAAAAUCCAAACCUGGAACUGGCACAGACAAAAUUUUUGCUGAGUCUAUCAGAGCACAAAAACGAUGAGACACUUAAGUCUAAAUUACUCGACGCCAUAAAAGCCGAAAACAUGGCACCGUUCUACGAGGAGGUGUGCAAAGAUUUAAAUUGGCCGAUCGACGAGAAUCUCCUGGAAACAAUGAAAGCUCGUAAUCGAGAGCAAUUGAAGGCCCUCGACGACGCCAUCGAGGAUGCCGAAAAAAAUCUAGGUGAAAUGGAAGUUCGUGAGGCGAAUUUGAAAAAAUCGGAGCACCUCUGUCGCAUUGGUGACAAGGACGCUGCUAUUUUGGCGUUCAGAAAAACAUACGAGAAGACUGUGUCUCUGGGUCACAGACUCGAUAUUAUUUUUCAUAAUAUCAGGAUUGGUCUGUUUUAUAUGGAUCACGAUCACAUCACGAGGAAUAUUGACAAGGCGAAGAGUUUAAUCGAGGAAGGCGGAGACUGGGACAGGAGAAAUCGUUUGAAGGUCUACCAGGGCACUUACUGUAUAGCAGUCCGUGAUUUCAAAGAGGCCGCCAAUUUUUUCCUCGAUACGAUAAGCACAUUCACCAGUUACGAACUCAUGGACUACAAUACAUUCGUCAGAUACACUGUCUACUUGAGUAUGAUCAGUUUACCGAGGAACGAGCUGCGUGAUAAAAUCAUCAAGGGCUCGGAAAUUCUCGAGGUUCUUCACAAUAAUCCUGACUGCAAGGAGUACCUUUUCUCACUGUAUAAUUGUCAUUACGCUGAUUUCUUCAAGAAUUUAGCACACGUUGAGGGACUUCUGAGAAGGGAUUACCUGAUUCAUCCUCAUUAUCGUUACUAUGUACGCGAAAUGAGAAUAUCUGCGUACACUCAGCUGUUGGAGUCCUACAGAUCUCUGACACUUCAGUACAUGUCUGAAGCCUUUGGGGUUACUGUCGAGUACAUAGACCAAGAGCUCUCUCGGUACAUCGCAGCAGGUAGACUCCACUGUAAAGUUGAUCGUGUCGGUGGAGUCGUAGAGACCAAUCGUCCUGACAGCAAGAACUGGCAAUACCAGGCAAUGGUGAAGCAGGGGGAUCUUCUCCUCAACAGGGUCCAGAAACUCUCACGUGUUAUCAAUAUUUAAUUGUCUUUCUGGUGUGUCUCCUCCACGGUUAAACCCCAUUGCAUUAAACUAAUGAAAGAAGUGCGGCAAAAUGCACACUAGAAACGAUUUUUCAAAUAUUCAUACCUCUGGAAUAAAUUCAUUAUUUGAAUUCA